CAGUCGGUCAGUCACACAGAAACUGUCAAGCCGCUCGCGCACACACACGCGCGCGCUGUCACUCUGUCCAGGAAACUUUAGUUAACAAGGCUACGAAUAAGAAGAGACAGAAAGACAAACACAGGGAAGGAAAUGUUAAUGAAUUACGUAAUUUAAUUCCGAGUGAAACAUAAAGUGCAUCUAGUUUGUGUCCGUGUUGUCACGUACGUGUGUGUGUGUGUACGUGUAUGUAUACGUGUACAUAGAAACAGAAACUUGUGUACGUACACGUAAUACACAUUAUACCAUGCCCGAGCAACCAUUUCGAGUGCUGGGGGUGGAGAAGCGGCCCGUGGACAUCAACGUUAUGAAGAGGAACAUGACCGUAGCCAAGGGAUUCCUCGACAUCAGCCUCCUGUCAGCCAACGCCAGCCAGCUGAGGAACAUCAUACGCUUUGGGAACGAAGAUACAACUGUUCACUAUCUCAUUCUGACUGGAAUUUCCAUCAGCAUUAUACUGCAGGUGUCAGCUGGGAUCCUCCUACUGGUGGGGGAACGUUUUGACAUCAACAGAGAGGACGAGCAGCACCGCGGGGACCUCCUCAACACACUUAUCACCUGUCUGAUCUUCAUUGUGCUGAUUAUCAAUGUGUUCGUGGCAUGCCUGGGUGUGGAUGUCAAUGACCCCAACACCCCUCCCCAACACCACCCCUACCCAUACCCCUCCAAGGGCUUCCCACCUACAUCACCUCCUAUUAAGGAUAUUGACUGGAGUGAAGGAUAGACGUAGGAUAUACAGAAUGAUAGAUCUUGCACCCGCAUCAGCCUCUUCCUAGAAUAUUUUGAUGGAAAGAUGGAUAAAUGUAGGAUAUGCACGGUGGAUAAACUGCACCCACACUUGCUUCUCCGAUGGAUAUUUUGAUGAGGUGUUUUGAUGGGAAGAGGGAAGAGUUAGCGUAGUAAGUCGCUAAAUCACUUGUUCUUUGUACUAGCCUAUCCUAGCCUAAAUAAGAUUAUUGAAUACAGUUAUCCACUUUAACUUAAUCCUAGCCAGUUUUCGACUCUCUGGGCUGGAAAACGGCUAUUCAAGCCUUUUUUUUUUUCUAACUAUCAUAGCCUAAGGUUAACCAGUUGAAUUACUAUCAGAGCAUGCUUCAGCUACUAUUGACGCCUGUCAAACUACAUUGAUCCUUUCUCAGGUGAGUUUGUUCAGAGUGUAAUGAUAUAUUAUUGAUGGGUUCAGAAAAUUGUAUGUUAAUUACUGCUUAUCAACGUAAACGCUUGCUCGGAGGUGGCUGUUUUUCAUUGACCUUCUUUCUGGUGUUUCUGUCAAAUCAUAAUAACCUGCAGAACGUUAGGAAUAUGAUUUAUUCUUACCUUACUGGAUACUGACUAACUCAAUCUCUCUAUGCCUCCCUCGCAGACUAUGGUAGUGUAUUUGGAGAUAUUUGCGCCAUUAUUAUUCAAAAUUGUUUCGAAUCUCAGGUGUUAGAAAAAGUAUUUGUUCGAACAUUAUUCUGGAACCUUGACUGGCAGUUCGUCACAGCCGAUGAAAGCUUCGAAAACAUAUCAGACAAUCAAAUGACCUGUUUUGUAAGACAAAGCUAACUGUCCCGUGCCCGCCAUGAUGCGUUUUCCAUCAUUCUCUCGCCAUGUCAGGUUGUGAAUGACAGAAUGGUGUUCAUUCACUUGUUUUGAAGGUGGGUUAUACCAGCAUUUUUUUUUUUUUUUUUUUCUCGAAGAACUACACAUCUUUGACAUCUUUGAAAUCACACGGUGUUAUUCCAAGUACUGUGAAGUGUACCAAGCGUCAAUCGGAAUCCUAUUAUCGUGAUGAACAAGGUGUUUAGUGGUGCACGGAAACUUACUGGGUUAAUUGGGCAUACAAAGAAGCAGGGCCCCUAACUAUUUGAAUAGGUUUUAUUAGUAUCACUGAGGAAAAGGUUGGUUGUCGAGGCUACUCUAUUCUGUUCUACUUCUAACUUCUCUAGUUCAUUGUCAUUCCAUGCAAUCACGUCCACACCAUACUUAAUGCUCGGAACAGCCAUGCACUUCCAAACUUUUCGCUGCAGUAGCCCAAACACAUUACCAAACCACUUGUGUUGUUAAUGUGUCAAGAUCAAGAUCAAUACCAAAACAUUGAGGCUGUUGUCAGCAGUAGUGCCGGCACGUGUAUCGAACGAGCUCAUUCUACUAGGCCAAGUUAUGUUCUCCCAGCAUCUCUCCAGCCACUGAGGUGUCAAUUACUUGCUGCAAUGGAAGAUCAGAAACACAAGACCAAUAGCUCUGAUGAGAAGAAGCAAGCCUCUCUCGCUAAAAGAAAGUAUAAGUGUGACACCUGUGGAAAGCUGUUCAUCAAAAAGAGUCACCUUGUUACUCACAAUGCCAUUCACACAGGUGUUAGAAAGUUUAAAUGUGAUGAAUGUGGAAAAAAAUUUAAUCAGAUGGGAAACUUAACCUUGCAUGCCCUCACACACACAUUAGAAAGAAAGUUCAAAUGUGACCAGUGUGAUAAAACUUUUUCAUUGAAAGGAGACCUUAAGAGACACUGCCUUGGACACACAGGCAAGAAGGAGUUCAAGUGCUCCAAAUGUGGGAAAGCAUUUAUACAGAAAGCUAGCCUUAACUCACACUUGAAUUUGCACAUUCGUAAAAAAGUAUUUGGGUGCAUUGAAUGUGGGAGAGAAUUCUUUAUUAAAAGUACAUUACGUCAGCAUAUUAUUACCACCCACUUUGGUGGAAAAACAUACGAAUGUGAGAAUUGUGACAAAAAGUACAAAACAAAACAAGCACUGAAGAAUCAUCUCUUUAAAUCAUGUUUCAUGAAAAUGAAUCCUGAUCCUGAUGAAGAAGUGGUAGUAAAUUUUGAUGUGCAAAAAAUGGAUGGUUGUGAUGUAGCAGAAUAAGUGGAGGUACAAUUAUUUCCAAGGUUGUGUUACUUCCUUUAUUACUUGUUAUGCCUUUAGGUUGAAAUCAUCUGAUAAGUUAGAUAUUCUCUCUCUCUCUCUCUCUCUCUCUCUCUCUCUCUCUCUCUCUCUCUCUCUCUCUCUCUCUCUCUCUCUCUCUCUCUCUCUCUCUCUCUCUCUCUCUCAUGUUUGUUAUUCAUGGUCAUUGACAAAACCAAUCAGCAUACCAUGUGCUUCUGUUGUAUGUUGCAGUUUUUCCCUUCAGCCUUAAGUCCUCUGAUGUGCUAAGAAAGUAUUAUUUAUCAGUGCUUGUAGGAGAUUGUUAGCACAGCAGGUGACCAAAGAUUAAGAUAGAGGUAUGUGCAUUGGAAACCAUUACUGCUGAAGUUAUUAUGGUAUAUUACUCUACUGUUGAAAUUAUUAUAGGAUAUUACUCUACUUCUGGUCUUUGUCUUUUAACAGUUGGAAUUCGUUAUGCAAUUAAGCCAUUGAAAGUUUGGGAAAGUAAGAAGUUGGAAUACGUUAUGCAGUUCACCCAUUGAAAGUUUGGGGAAAUAAAAGUUUAAAAAUUG